AUGCACGCGGAACUGAAUGACCGUGGAAUGAAGUUUGACAAACUAAAGCUAGGCCUUACCCCCAGCUCCCCACCCAAUUCAACAUACACCAUUAUUUCCUCACACCCCUGUUCCACAUCAGGAACAGAGAGGAGGAAAACAGGAACAGAGAGGAGGAAGACAGCCCCCAACCAAACCAAGCACUCCAUCCACCCCCUUCACACACACACAGAAAAAGAGUACAGGAAGGCCAUGGCGCCGUCGUACGACAAGACCAUCGCCACGGCAGCCUCGCUCGCGGCGUCCCUGAUGCUCGUCCGCAGCCUCGCAAACGAGCUGCUGCCGUCCGAGGUGCGCGACGCGCUGUCCUCCGCCCUCGCCAGCCUCCGCUCGCGCAUGACGUGGCAGCACACCAUCGUCAUCGAGGAGACCGAGGGCUGGUCCAGCAACCGCGUCUACAACGCCGUCAAGGCCUACCUGGCCACGCGCAUCAACGCCAACAUCAACAUGCAGCGCCUGCGCGUCAGCAGCGGCGAGGACGCUGAGAAGAUGGUCGUCAGCAUGGAGGCCGGGGAGGAGAUGGCAGAUGUGUACGAAGGAGCGGAGUUCAAGUGGUGCCUGGUCACCCGCGAGGUUAGUGGUGACCCGAACAACGGCGGCGGCGGGGCCCGGGAGAUCAGGUCCUACGAGGUGAGCUUCAACAAGAGGCACAAGGAGAAGGCACUUAAGGAGUACCUCCCGUUCAUCGUCGCCACGGCCAAGGCCAUCAAGGACCAGGAGAGGAGCCUUAGCAUCUACAUGAACGAGCGCUACGACGAGUGGUCCCCGAUUGGCCUCCAGCACCCCUCCACCUUCGACACCCUUGCCAUGGACCACAAGCAGAAACAGUCGAUUGUCGACGACCUUAACAGGUUCAUCAAGAGGAAGGACUACUACAGGAGGAUCGGCAAGGCGUGGAAGCGCGGGUACCUGCUGUACGGCCCUCCGGGCACUGGCAAGUCCAGCCUCAUCGCCGCCAUCGCCAACCACCUCAGGUUCGACAUCUACGAUCUCGAGCUCACCGGGGUCGACUCCAACUCCGAUCUUAGGAGGCUUCUUGUCGGAAUGACCAACCGGUCCAUUCUCGUGGUUGAGGACAUCGACUGCACCAUUGAACUGAAGCAGCGGGAGGAAGAAGACGAGGAGCAAUCCAAGUCCAGUUCUACAGAAAAGAAGAAGGCAGAAGACAAGGUCACACUGUCUGGGCUGCUCAAUUUUGUCGAUGGCUUGUGGUCGACAAGUGGGGAGGAAAGGAUCAUCAUCUUCACGACCAACUACAAGGAGCGUCUUGACCCGGCACUUCUGCGGCCUGGCAGGAUGGACAUGCACAUCCACAUGGGGUACUGCACAACGGAGGCUUUCCGAAUUCUUGCCAACAACUACCAUUCCAUCGACUACCAUGCCACCUAUCCAGAGAUCGAGAAGCUGAUCGAGGAGGUGAUGGUGACGCCUGCAGAGGUUGCCGAAGUCCUGAUGAGGAACGACAACACUGAUGUUGCGCUCCAUGAUCUUGUCAAGCUCCUAAAGUUAAAGAAGAAAGAUGCCUCUGAGAUCAAGACUGAAAGUAAGAAGACGGAGAAGAAAGAUGCCACUGAUGACAUCAAGAUUGAGGGUACGCAGGUGGAUGGGAAGAAAGAUGGUGGUGAGAUCAAGACUGGAAGUGUGCAGGUGGAGGAGAAGAAAGAUGACAAAGAGGUGGUGGUAAAGAAUGUUCUUACAGAAAACGGAAGUAGUUAAGAGUGCGGAAGUUAACGGUGACGAAAGAGUGCGCUUACCAUGUAGAUAGAUCCUACAGGAGAUCCAUUGCAGCAUACAUAUGUUGUGACCAUUUUGACAACUAAAAACAUUGCAUUUUUGUAGUUCGAUGCAUCUGUACUUUUUAACAGUGUGUUUCUAAAUAAUUU